AUGUCCCGAUUUUUUGCUGGUGGCUCCGACAGCGACGACUCGUCUUCGGACGAGGAUCUGUACGGCUCUGGCUCCGAGUCCGGCUCCGACUUUUCCCAGGACGAGCAGGACGGAGGAGAUGAUAACGACGAUGACAUGAGUGACGAUUCCAUGUUUGCUGACGACUCUGACGACGACAGCGACGACGACGAGGACCUGGGCGGCAAGGGCGCAUCUUACUUCCUCAAGUCGUCCACCGUGGCCGACUCGGACGAUGAGGAGGAUACCGGUAAGAAGACGGUGCUGUCUGCCAAGGACAAGCUGCUUGCCGAGCUGGCCAACUGCUCCAAGCUGAUUGACAACGGCAAGCGAAUCAACGACUGGGUGUUGAUCCAGGGCGAGUUUGACAAGCUCAACAAGGCCAUGGAGCGGUUCACCAAGCAGCGACAUGGCCUGCCCCCCAAGGUCUACAUCCAGUGCAUUGUUGAGCUGGAGGAGUUCCUCAACACCCAGCUGGAGGACAAGGCUGGAAUCAAGAAGAUGAACGCGUCCAAUUCGCGAGCAUUCAACACCGUCAAGCAGCGGGUGCGAAAGAACAACAAGGAGUACGAGGCUGCCAUCGCAAAGUACAGCAGUGGUGGUGACGUGGCAGAGGAAGAGGAGGAAGAGAACAAGGAGGACAAGCCCAAACCCCGGGCCAAGGAUGAGUUUGUGCUCACCGCUCCCUCCCAGGCUUCCAAUGAGGAGUUCACCACCGUUGGCAAGGCUGGAAAGGCUCUUGUGUCCCCCACCGACAUGUUCAAGACUCUCAAGACCGUUCUGGAGAGCCGAGGUAAGAAGAACACCGACCGGGAAGACCAGGUGCGACAGCUGGAGAACCUGCUGCCAUCUGCCUCUACCGUCUACCAGAAGAUCUCUGUCUACACCAUGCUUGUGUCUACUCGUCUGGAUCUGUCUUCUGCGUCUGCUGCUCUUGCUCCCGAGAACUGGCUCAAGGUUGUGGGCGACCUCAACGACCUGCUGUCUAUUCUCGAGGAGAACAUUGAUACCUAUCACGUGAUUGAGACUGCCCCCGAGAUUGAGGACGUUGAGAAGGGCCCCGUUGCCCGGGAAGACGGCGUCAAGCUCAUUCCCGGCUCUGUGGCUUCUCUGGUUGAGCGUGUGGACGACGAGUUCACCAAGGCCCUCCAGUUCAUGGACCCUCACACUACCGAGUACGUGGACCGUCUGAGAGACGAGACCAAGCUGUACCAGACUCUCCUCCGAGUGCAGAUGUACAUUGAGCAUGUCUCCGACGAGAAGGACACUCUUGGCCUCGCUCGAAUCCUGGUUCGACGAGUCGACCAUCUCUACUUCAAGCCCAACAAUGUCAUCAACAUGACUGAGCAGAUUGCCUGGGGUGGAGUCAAGGGCGAUUCCAAGGCCACUCCUCGACCUACAGAGAAGGACCUCACCUCAUCCACUUACCCCACCACGCUCAUUUCGAACAUGUGCUCCGUUCUGUACAAGCAAAGCAACACUGUGUUCCGAACAAAGGCCAUGCUGGCUCACGUCUACCACUACGCUCUGAACGACGAGUACUACAAGGCACGAGAUAUGUUCCUCAUGUCCCAUCUGCAGUCGUCCAUUGCCUCUGCUGAGCCCCAGCUGCAGGUGCUAUUCAACCGAACCCUGGUGCAGCUUGGUCUGUGUGCUUUCCGAAGCGGACUCAUUGCCGAGGCCCAGCAGUCGCUCCAGGAGGUCUGCUCUUCUCCUCGACUAAAGGAGCUGCUCGGACAGGGUCUGGCGAAGUACGCCCAGGCCGGAGUUGUCGACAAGCAGCGAGUGCUGCCCUUCCACACCCACAUCAACCUCGAGCUGCUGGAGUGCGUGUUCCUGUGCUCGUCGUUGCUUAUGGAGAUCCCCUUUAUGGCUGCCCACAACACGUCUAUCGACGCUAAAAAGAAGGUCAUUUCCAAGCUGUUCCGACGAAUGCUCGACUACCACGAGCGACAGGUCUUCUGUGGCCCUCCCGAAAACACCCGAGACCACAUUAUGCAGGCUGCCAAGGCUCUGCAGCGAGGCGACUGGGAGGCUGCACGAGAUCUGGUCUGUGCCAUCAAGAUCUGGAGCCUGCUCCCCAACCCCGAGGCUAUCAAGGCUAUGCUCACUGACAAGCUCCAGAUUGAGGGUCUGAGAACCUAUCUGUUCACCUACUGGAACCACUACUCAACGCUGUCUCUGAGCACUCUGGCCGACAUGUUCCAGCUGCCCGUUAAGGAUGUGGCUGCCAUUGUCGCCAAGAUGAUUGCCCAGGAGGAGCUUCCUGGAUCUCUUGACCAGAAGACCAACUCGGUCGUGUUCACACAGGCUGUCCAGCAGACCAAGCUGCAGCAGCUCGCCGUGGCACUGUCUGACAAGGUCAUCCAGCUGGCCGAGCGAAACGAGCGGCUCGUGGCUGGCGGGUACCAGUUUGACAAGAUGACCCAGCCCCAGAAGAGAAAGACGCAGAGAGCUCGAUAG